GCCCGCCCACACGCCCCACGCAGCCAGCACAGCCGUCAUGGAGUCCAGAGGGAAGUCGACCAGCAGCCCCAAGCCCGACACCAAGGUGGCCCAGGCUGCUGCUGAGGUCAGAGGCCCCCCGGCUGCAGACGGGAAAGCCCCCUCGGCCAAGCCCGGGAAGAAGGAGGCCCAGGUGGAGAAGCAGGAGCCCCCGGCGGCCCCCACCCCACCACCUACCAAGAAGACCUCGGCCAAGGCAGACCCUGCCCUUCUCAACAACCACAGCAACCUGAAGCCAGCCCCUGUGGCCCCCGGCAGCCCCCAUCCAUCCCCAGAGCCCAAGGGCCCUGGAGACGGGGCUGAGGAGGACCAGGCCCCCAGUGGGGGCCCCGGGGGCCGUGGUCCCUGCCCCUUCGAGAACUUGACCCCCUUGCUGGUGGCUGGGGGCGUGGCUGUGGCAGCCGCAGCCCUGAUUCUGGGUGUGGUCUUCCUGGUCCGGAAAAAAUGAGGGCUGGCACCCAGGCGGAGGCCCAGCCACGCCCUGUACAGACCUUGGGGAUCUUGUGCAUGCGAAUCCACUCACAGCUAGCUAUCUGUCCUACGUGAGAAACACACAUACCAACACCCCACAGACGCGCAGAGGGAGAGGUGGACCGCACCCUGGCCGUGGAAGUCCAGCCCCCUUGGCUGGCCCCCAAUGCCCCCUGCCCCCUGCCAGGCAGAAGCAGCCGGGGCUCCAGGGGCGCUGAGCAGCACAGGGCGGAGCUUCGACGUCAGGCAGAGGGCUCAGGGCCGUGGUUCCUGGGGGCAGUGGGCAGGCUGGACCCUGAGGGUGGCCCACCCGACCACUGAUCACUGUGCCAGCCUGCCCCAAGGGGCCUCAGUGGCCCUGUGGGCUUCCUGGCAGCAGCUUCGUGACAAGCCCCCAGGGCAGGAGGGAACCCCGAGGCUGACAUGUCCCGGGUGGGCUCUGCCCUGGGCCCAGCCCUUCAGGGACAUUAAAGGGUGUGGCUGGUUCA